UCCUUUCGUCGCAAAAAAGGAAAAAGAAAAAGAAAGUUGAGGUUCAGUUUAUCCAACGACAACACCGCACGCCGCCUUCUCUCUCCGUUCGUCCUGGUCCUUCUCUCCAGCGCGAGCACCGAGCAGCGCGCCGGCGAUCUCCCGUCGCCGACCCACGAGCCCCAACGCUGGCAACCUCCCUUAGCCGCCCCUUUCCUCCACCACGAGCCCCGAGCAGCAACGCCCGACCUCUACCUUCCCUUCCCGGGGCAUCUCCGACAAGAACCGCGACGUGCCAAAACCGUGCUGCUUAGUUGGGUGCACGGCAAUGGAGAUCGACAGUUUAAGAGAGGCAUUUGACCGAGUUGUUGAAAAGCGUGUGUUAUCUUCUGCUAAAGUUCAGGAAGCUAUUGGUCAGAUAGUGAAUGAAGUUGAGCAGGCAAUAUCGAAGAUGCAGAUGAUGAAUACAGAUACCAUGGACAGUUGUGACCACUCAUCCAUCCUUGCAGAACUGAAGGCCAAGCUAAACGAAAUGGUGCCAUUGAUCCAACUUGAAGGAUGUCAAAAGGAAUUGAAUGUUGCCCUGAGCAAAUAUCUCAAGCUCCUAGAGAAGUCUUUUAGUCCAGAUAUAGCGAAGGCAUAUAGAAAUGUGGAUUAUGAUGCCUGCACAGUAAACAACAUAAUAAAGAAUCAUUUCUACCGCCAGGGCCUCUUUGAUCUUGGAGACUCCUUUGUCAAUGAGUGUGGUGAAUCAGAUGGGACUCACCUGAAAUUUUCAUUUCAGGAGAUGUAUGGAAUACUUGAGGCGAUGCAAGCAAGAAACCUUGAACCUGCACUCAGUUGGGCUGCUAAGAACCAUGAUCAUUUGUUGCAGAAUAGCUCAAUGCUUGAGAUGAAGCUCCAUUCUCUUCAGUUUAUUGAGAUACUUACUAAAAGAAGUAGAGAUGAUGCUUUACAAUAUGCAAGGACUCACUUUGUGCCAUUUGCCUCCUUGCACACGGCAGAGAUCCAGAAGCUAAUGGCUUGCCUUAUCUGGGCGGACCGGCUUGAUCAGUCCCCAUAUGCCGAGUUUGUGUCGUCGACGCACUGGGAGAAGCUAUCUGAGGAGCUAAUCCAUCAGUUCUGCAGCCUCCUAGGACAGUCUAGCGAGAGCCCACUUGGUGUAGCCAUAUCAGCUGGUUUUCAAGGACUACCAACCUUGUUGAAGCUAAGCACAGUAAUGGCCGCCAAAAAGCAGGAGUGGCAGACCAUGAAACAGCUUCCGGUCCCCAUAGACAUCGGACCAGAGUUCCAGUACCACUCUGUUUUCGUAUGCCCGGUGCUCAGGGAGCAGUCGAGUGAGGAUAACCCUCCGAUGCUGAUGCCCUGUGGACAUGCUGUAUCGAAGCAGUCGAUCAUGAAGCUAUCAAAGAGCAGCUCCAGGCCUUUCAAGUGCCCCUACUGCCCCUCGGAGGCGGUGGCUUCGCAGUGCAAGCAGCUUCAAUUUUAAAUGCUUCAUUUCCCCCCCCCCAGAUCAAAACUGUUUAUACAACAUGCUUCUGUUUUGCUCAUCCAAUCGUUUGCCUGUAUUAUAACCUUGUACCUUUAUUGAAACCUGGAUGUUAAUCUGUACAGUAGCGAGUUCCAGUGUUAAGCUAUCUCUUGGGAAUAAACACAAUAAUAAGCGUUUCACUA